UUCGUUAGUCACUGUUCAUUCACAUCAGAAACUUCUUCUCAGGCCAAGAAAAAAAUGGCGGCAAUAAGGACGAUGACGAACUUGAUCGUACGCGAGUUUAUCCAUCACCCUCUCCUCUUCCACUCUUCGUCGAAAUCGUGCCAAUCUCUUUUCCCAUCGAUCCGUCGCAUUCCCGGGGUUGCUCUGGUUCGCUCUAAUUUACGAUUCGGAUCGUUCCGAUGCGCGGCGUCAAAUUCCGGCGGAGGCGGUGGUGGUGAUCGGAAAGUUUCGUCACGGUUGUCUCAGGUGCAACAGAUGCUUCAUGAGGCGGAGGAGAGGGCUAGUUCCGCUGGCAAUGAGCCUACUCCUCAAAUCACUCUAGAGCAUGUUACACUUAACUUUGCUAGAAGCGGUGGUCCUGGAGGCCAGAAUGUCAACAAAGUGAAUACCAAAGUAGAUAUGCGCUUCAAUGUGAAAAACGCGUACUGGCUAAGUGACAGGAUCAGAGAGAAGAUCAUACAAACGGAGAAGAAUCGGAUCAACAGGGACGGAGAACUCGUCAUCUCUUCAACCAAAACCAGGACGCAGAAAGGCAACAUCGACGAUGCACUUGCAAAGCUGCAGGCGAUUAUUGAUGCGGCUUCAUAUGUUCCACCACCACCGUCAGAAGAACAGAAGAAGAAAAUCGUAAAGAUGGCUGCCAAAGCUGAUGAGAAACGGCUUAAAAGCAAAAAAGUUCUUUCGGACAAGAAAGCUGCCAGAAGAGACCGGAAUAGCUGGGAUUAAAACUUAAACCAAUACAAAUGGAGUCCAUGUUGACUCCAAAGCUUUAACUUAGAUGAGUAUGUCAUUUUCUUGGCGUUUAGUGUUACGCAACAAUCAAAAAACUUUUCUAUAGUUUAUAUAUAUACUUUUACUGUCUAGUGACAUGUUCUUCUCCUGAUCUUUAAUCAAUAUGGUGUA